GACGGCCUCAUUGUGUCCGCGGUUGGACCGGGCCUUCUCGUCCUUGUUGGCCCCCACGAUUCCGAUUCCGAUGCCGACGCUGACUACAUGUACUUGAGUACUUCUACCCCUAUCUUCAAUUUUUAAGCGGAAUUUAUAAUUUAUGGUUUGGGUAGUCACUUUUUUUUUUUGGGUCUGCUUUGCUUUCAGAAGUCGUAAAGUCUUGAAUGUGAGAUUGUUCCCCAAUGAAAGUACAGGCAAAGGAUGGGACCAAAGUGUAAUGCAGAUGCAUUAUCAAGUUCUAUUAGUGACUCAGUGGGUCAAUUUACCUUGUAUGGAUUACUUAAGGGAAACAAGCCAGGUUUUCAGCGAACUCCUUUUAUGCUUCUUUGGUUGAUAGAUUCAAGGAAUGCCUGUAACACUGACGCAAUAAAAGAUGGAGUUUUUGGAGCGAUGAUGAAGGUCAGUUUGGUUAAUGAUGGACCAGUAACAAUGCAGCUUGAUUCACAAUCACCAGAGAAUUCAGUUGAUGCCAUGCCACAGAAUCUUGAUGUAGUGGUUGGCCGGCUUUGAUGGAGAAAGGUGUGAAUUUUUACCCUUAAACUAUGAAGUAGAGUUUGGAUCCUGUUUUGCCAAACUAAUAUUUUUUCCUUAUCUCUAAGAAGAGCAUCAUUUUCUUCCUCUGGUAGAUUACUAGAUUUCUUGAUUUUGGCUUUACCGGCAUUGGCUUGGAGUCAUACGCCAAUGAUGCUGUA